AUGAAGUUUACAGCCAUUGCGGCCCCGCUGGCCUUUGCAGCAUUUGCUGCUGCCGCACCUGUUGGCACCAGUGAAGUUCAGGCUCGCUCAGAAACAGUCCAGCCACCUUACCACCCCAACAUUGAUAAGCGAGAGGAAGCUAUUAUUCCUCCUCCUUACCACCCUCUCAUUGACAAGCGGGCUGAGGCAAUCGAGCCGCCUUACCACCCCAAUAUCGACAAGAGAGAGGAAGCUAUUAUUCCUCCUCCUUACCAUCCUCUCAUCGAUAAGAGAGCUGAAGCCGUCCAGCCGCCUUAUCAUCCGAAUAUUGACAAGCGGGAGGAAGCAAUUAUCCCUCCUCCUUACCACCCUCUGAUCGACAGACGGGCUGAUGCUAUUGAGCCUCCGUACCAUCCCAAUAUUGACAAGAGAGAGGAAGCUAUUAUUCCUCCUCCUUACCACCCUCUCAUUGACAAGCGGGCUGAAGCCAUUGAGCCGCCUUACCACCCCAACAUUGACAAGCGAGAGGAAGCCAUUGAGCCUCCUUACCACCCCAACAUUGACAAGAAAAUCUAA